AUGAUUACCUAGCUUAGUCAAAUUGAGAGAAGCUUAUCAAAAAUAACUAAUCCUUCUUAUCAUACUACGUAAGGUUCUAUGAGACAUCUUUCAAAAAGUCAAUCAUAAGUAACUAGAUCAAAAAUUUAUACAUCUUCUCAUCCUGAAUCUCAAUUUCUACAAUUAGAUAAUGACAUUCUUGAAAUCUAUGAUGAAUUUGAAAAGAAUUACAAUGCCAUUCAAGAGAUAGACAAAACUAAUACGAAGAUUGAAACUAAAUAAAAGAUCAUUGAGCAACCAAAAAUUAUAUAACAACAGAAAAAGUUAUUAAAAACCUUUGAUGGAUUAUAACAAUCAGAUCUUGAAAUCGAAUUUAUUAAUAGAGUUUAAAUAGUCAGAUUUAGAUUUUAUUACUUUAGGAUAAGAGUUAAAGGAAAAUAGUCUCCAUUGCAGAUCUUGUUAAACUUCCCUUCAAAAAUUACAAGCACUUCAUACAAGCUAUUUGUUUCGACUUCAAUAGAAUUCCCAAAUAAAUUCAAUGCUGACCAAUCGGUUCAAAGUAGAUUUGUUAAGAUCAAUUCCAAACAGAAUUCAAAAUUGUUUUUUGAUGAAUAUGUGUACUUAACAUUCUAUAGCGAAUUCGAUGCCAUCAUUGGUAUGUAGAUAACCUUUGGAGAGUAAUAUACAGCAUCGAAUGGAUAAAAGUUUGUAUAAUCAAUAAUCAAUUUUGAUAUCUUUCAUGAAAGAAAAACAGUUCAUCCAAAAGAUAAGAUACUCUAAAAUAUUGAAAUGGUUAAAACUAAGAUGUAUUCUAAAAUAGAUGAAAUGAUGAAAGCAUAACAUAAACAUACAAAAUCUUAGGAAACCAUUAAGAGAUCAAAGCUGAUCCAGAAGGAAGCAAGAUAAACAAAAUUAAUUAAAUUAUUGGUCAAAGAUUAGAUUGCUCAGUUCAGGGAAGUAGAAAAAAUUCAUUAGAAAGAAUUGCAAUUGUUAAUAUUUGUAAAAAAAAAUUGGAUAUUGAUAACAACAAUCUUUAAUCUCUGUAAAUAGAUCCAUAGAAGAUUAGAAAAAGUGAGACGCAAGUAUAAGAUUGCAGCGAGAGCUAACUUAUUGGUUUGGUAAUUACACACAAAGACUUUGAUUGAAGUAAGAAGAUAUGGAGAUAAUCCAUUCAUAAGAUCUCUUAGUAAAUCCUCUCUUGCUUUAUCUACUUUUACUUCUUACAUCUAGGAGAAAUGUGUUGCAAAAGCCGAAAAAAUAUUCAGCUAAUUCUUAGUAGAUAUCAUCCUUUACUAAACCUUUAUUAACAAACAUAUAUAAUUGAUUUCUAAAAGUAAUUAAUAUGAUCCAAACUAUUAGUAAAAUGCAUAUAAAGAAAUUAUAGAAAACUCAGAUUAGUUAGAAAAAAUUUUAAAGAUAAAUUUAUUAAGGCUUUCAAAGAAAAAAUUUAUGUAUUAUAUUAAGGAAGAGGAAGUGAUUAAAAACCUAGAAUAAAUAUUGAACAACAUAUUAUAAAUAAAUUGUUUGAAGAAUACGCAGCAAAAAUAAAACACUAAUGGAUUGAUUCUCGAAGAGCCAUUAAUGUUUUGUCUUUGUUAAAAAAAAGCUUUUCAAUCUAAAGAUAGGAUAUCAAAUUAUAUUCAUUACCUAAUGAGUAAGAGAUAAAUAACUGAGUUGAAGUUCAAUUUUGAUUUAAUAUUAUAUAGAACUGAUUAAUAUUAUCAUAAAAUGUUUGUAUCAUAAUUAUAUGUCAUCAUGAAUAAAGGAUUUUUUUUUAAAUCUUAUAAUUGCCCGAGACAAUGA